GGAGCCGGGACACUAUUCAAAUCAGUGCCCCCACCCUCGCAGGACUCAUGGUGCGCCUCCCGGCUCAGUUUGGUGGAGGAAGGAGUUCGGCAUCAGUCAAACCACUGAAAUCGAAGGUAGCCGAGAUUGGGAAGAACGUAGCGGCGGUUUGCCAGUACGUCGAGAUCGAACAGGCAAAGAAAGCAACAAAGAAACGAAGGAAAUUGGAGAAGAAAGAAGCGGCUACACGAGCGGAGGCGGAGAGAGCGGAAACAAAGUUGAAGAAAAAAAAGAGAGAGGAGAAGGCACGAAAGGUGGCAGAACAGAAUGAGGAGAUCCGGAAAUGCUUGGACAUAAAAAUGGCAGUCCGAGUGGAGGAGCUUCGCGAAGACGUGAGGGAGGACGUAAGACAGGAGAUUCAGGACCCGAUCAGCGAGCUUUGUGUCGUUGUGGCCGGUAGUAAGCAGAAGACCACGGAAGAACCAGCAUCGGAGAGUGGCGCUAGCAGCAGCGAGACCGAGGAACUGAACUUGCGAACAGAGACACUUUGCUUGAUAGAUAAGAGGAAGCACGGGUCCGAGCCAGUGUUUGAGGGUAGUACACCAAUGGAGCUAUCACCCAAACGCACACCUAGACGUGCAGCAAAAUCUAGGCCAAGUAGGAGAGUGACGAGGUCGAGGAGUCGAGCAGACAAGACUCCAACGCCUAAGAAGACAUCGCCAUCUAUCCAAAAGAAGACACCUGCACCGUUGGGAAUGGUAGGACGUCUGAGGUUUGAGAAGCGUGUGAUGAAUGAAUUGAAGAAUCUUGACGCGUUAGUACUGCAAAAUAUUUGCAAGGACGAAGGUAUUGCGUACAAUGGCAAAUUUGAAUGUAUUUCGACAUUGCAGCACACCGCACGAGAGCCGCGUACAGGUUCGAUGAAGAGGAGGAAGCUGAGACAACUCGGGAAACUUGCACGGAGGGCACCACUGAGGGAGAGGCGAAGCACGAUACUGAGUGAUGUGGCCUCAGUAUUGCUGACCUGUGAGGAAUCAUGGGUUGCCUGACGCAAUUGCAAACCUUGAUUGUUGGAGUUAAUGCUAAGAUCGAGGAACUUCUCCGACUGGCGCAAAUGUGUAAAUGCGUGGAUCCGUUUGUUUGAGACGUUUGACUCUAAGUUCGUA